CGGGCAGCACCGGCCCCGCUCCGCGCUCCCCGGGCUCCGGCAUGGUGCUGUCGGUGCUCGCCGGCCUGUGCCUGGCCGCCACGCUCGCCAUGUUCGCCACCGGCCUGUCUGACCUGCGCCAGAUGUUGGCGACCAAAAGUGUGGAGAACAUCCAGUUCCUGCCCUUCCUCACCACCGAUGCCAACAACCUGAGCUGGCUGGGCUAUGGCUGCCUGAAGGGGGACGGCACAGUGAUCACCGUCAACGCCAUCGGGGCAGCUCUGCAGACCCUCUACAUCCUGGUGUAUCUCUACUACAGCCCUGCCAAGCGCCCCGUGCUGCUUCAGGUCCUGCUGCUCCUGGCUGUGGUGGUGACCGGCUGGGGCUACUUCACCAUCCUGGUUGACGCAGGGACACGCCUGGCACACCUGGGGCUCUUCUGCAGCGUCUUCACCAUCAGCAUGUACCUCUCACCGCUGGCUGACCUGGCCAAGGUUAUCCGGAGCAAGUCGACGCGGUGCCUGUCCUUCCCCCUGACCGUCACCACGCUCGUGGCCUCCAGCAGCUGGACACUCUAUGGCCUGCAGCUCCACGAUCCCUACAUCACAGUGGGUCCCCAACGUGCCAGGGAUCGUCACCAGCCUCGUGCGGUUCUGGCUCUUCCGGCGGUACCGACCAGAGCAGGAGAAGCCCUACAGCCCCCUGCCUGCCUGAGAGGUGCCCUCAGGAGCACCCCAACUCUGCCCUGGGCUGGCCCCAGCGCUGUCCCCUUGGCCACUCCUAGUGGGACACCAGCAAGGACGUCCUGCCUCCAGCCCUGCAUCCUUCAGCAAAGGCCCUGGAGCUCUCAGAGAAACCUUUGGGGUGCCACAAGCCCCUCAAAGCUCAGGGUGGGAGGAUAGUUUUCCACGCCUAUGGCCCUGCCUGGCAGCAGGAUUUUGAGGGGCAGGGCUUUUGAGUGGCUUCCAGGGGUCCAAGUGUCACUUUUGUACGGAUUCAAGUGCCUUUUAAUAAAUCAGAGACUUCCCAGUG